CCUCCUGAUCAAAAGCUUCUCCGCUUAAACAUCCGAUCCUCCCACAUAUACUGUCAUGGGCUGCAUCAAACAUGCAUUCCGAAAACAGUGCAUGAGCAACAUCUGCGGCGGAUGCUCCUUCUCCGACUGCUACCUUUUAUCGCCGAGCAUCCACAAGGAUUUGGAUAAAUAAAUCCUUCAUUGGACUUCCAACACAUGGGGCCUCGGUCAAAGACAGGCCUUGGAAGCUGUGAGAUCUCUGAGCUGUUUUAACCCCUAACCUGCUACGGAGGGGAUCGCUUUUGUUCCUCACAGGAAGCAGGUAAUUGACUCUUACCGGGGCCUCUGUGACGCUAUAUAUAGGCAUGCGCACUCGGAGCCAGGGAGCAGCAGGAGCACCCAUCCCCUUUUUCGCAGCGCUCCUCCUUGGUUGCAGAAAUGGUGGCCUUGCUGAUGGUUAUUGGAUUGGCAGUGAGCUUCCUGGUCGCCUGUAGUGCCUUGUUGAGAUGGAAUGAGGUGAGGUACAGGAAGAAGGGCCUGCCUCCAGGGACUAUGGGUUGGCCAGUCUUUGGGGAGACUACAGAGUUUCUGAAGCAAGGUCCUGGCUUCAUGAAGAACCAGAGACUUAGGUAUGGGAGCUUGUUCAAGUCACACAUACUGGGAUGUCCCACCGUGGUGUGCAUGGAUCCGGAGCUCAACAGGUUCGUUCUGAUGAACGAAGGGAAAGGCUUCGUCCCCGGGUAUCCCCAGUCCAUGCUGGAUAUCCUGGGGCGAUCCAACAUUGCAGCCGUGCAUGGUGAGAUGCACAAGACCAUGAGGAGCGCCAUGCUUGGCCUGGUAAGCUCCCCAAUGAUCAGGGACAAACUCCUGCCUAGAAUUGAUGAGUUCAUGCGAUCUUACAUCGACAAUUGGAGUGGAAGCGUCAUUGACAUCCAAGAGAAGACCAAGGAGAUGGCAUUGAUGUCGGCCUUGAAGCAAAUUGCAAGCAUCGAGACUGGUCCAGUUUCUGAAUCCCUGAAAACAGAGAUCUUCAAACUUGUCCUCGGUACUCUUUCCUUGCCGAUCAAUAUUCCUGGAACAAACUAUUAUCGGGGCUUUAAGGCAAGAAAGAAUCUCGUGGGUCUGCUGCGCCGGCUAAUAGAGGAAAGAAGGAUUUCCAGAUGCUCCUACGAUGACAUGCUCGGUUCCCUCCUCAAGGUCGAUGACAGCUCCAAAGUAAAACUCAAUGAUGAACAAAUCAUUGAUCUGAUCAUCGCUCUGGUGUAUUCUGGCUAUGAAACUGUUUCGACAACCUCGAUGAUGGCUGUCAAAUAUCUCCACGAUCACCCUAGAGUCCUUGAAGAACUCAGAAGCGAACAUUUGGAAAUUCGCAAAGGAAAGUCACGAGAGGAUGGAAUCGAUUGGAGCAAUUACAAGACAAUGAAGUUUACUCGUGCGGUAAUCCUGGAGACCCUAAGAAUGGCCACGGUGGUCAAUGGAGUACUUAGAAAGACAACCAAAGAUGUGACAAUGAAAGGUUUCAUAAUUCCAAAAGGAUGGAGGAUAUAUGUAUACACCAGAGAGAUCAAUUAUGAUCCUCUCAUGUAUCCUGAACCUUUGACCUUCAACCCAUGGAGGUGGCUGGACAAAAACUUGGACUCGCACCAUCACUUCAUGCUGUUUGGAGGAGGAGGCAGGAUGUGCCCGGGGAAAGAAUUGGGGACAGCGGAGAUUGCAACAUUCCUGCACUACUUUGUGAGCAGAUACAGGUGGGAAGAAGUUGGAGGGGAUAACAUACUUAAAUUUCCGAGAGUUCAAGCUCCGAACGGCCUGCAUAUCCGAGUUUGGGAUAACCAAGAUCAAAUUGUACAGAGCAUUAGGUAGUUUUGCAGGCGAAUGAUCGGGAGAGAAGUGUUACUGUAACUUGUUGUUCUGGAGUCACUUGGGGCAGAGGAAUAUAACGUAGAACUAGCAUCAUCAUCCAGAUAGAGGAGAGGUACAGAGAGUCUCUGCUACAAGGGCUGUUUAUACAAGUAUGAUUAGUAUCUGAUAAAUACAAGAUGAAGAAAAUUUCAGAAUGUUUCUGUACGUGGUUGGUCACCAAUUCAUGAAGCAAUAUUCUCACUCACAAUGUUCCACA